GCUCAGUGAGUUUAGCAUCCAACUCUUGAUUUCGGCUCAGGUCACGAUCUCAUGGUUCGUGGGUUUGAGCCCUACAUCAGACUAUGUGCUGUCAGUGCUUGGAGCCUGCUUGGGAUUCUCUCUUCCUCUUUCUCUGCCCCUGCUCCCCUUGUGCUCUCUCUCUCUCAAAAAUAAAUAAACUUAAUAAUAAUAAUACAUAUUAUGUAUAUGAAACAAUAUAUAAAUAUAUUUGCUUAGUAUAAAUUACAUAUACAGGUUACUACUUAAAUAUUUAAAUUUAAAUAGUUUGUUGAGAAAAAUAAAUAUUUUGAUGAGGACAAAAGGACAGAGGUAACCCCAUGUGGUAACCCAGGUCCCUUCCUCUGUGUGCAGAGAUGCCCGGCCCCUGCUUAGGAAGGGGAGUGAACGAAUGGCACCCCCUGCUCCCGCCGCACCUCCCCCUGCCCCAGCCCCAGGCUACCCAAGCGUACUAGCCAUGGGACAUAAAUGAAGGUAGCAGCCCAGGGCCACUCCCAGCAGAUAGGCUGCACCCUUGCUCCAGGAGCCCCUGCAGCGGCCCCCAGCCCCCCACCCCAAGUUACUCCUUGGAGCAUUUGGCCCGGCCACCUGGCUGAAGGGGCGGACUAAGUCCUGCCCCAUGACAUCAGCUGGGCGGCCUCCCCUCUCACUGGCUCCCUCUCCUUCCUUCCCGCCCUGAAACCUGAUCCGGCUGAGGGACUGAUUGCAGGAACUUGGCGACUGUCCAGCGCUGGUGGCCCCUCAGCAGUGGGAGGCUGCAGCCUCAGAGGUGUGGAAGGCGGCCCUGAGGAGGCAGGCUGGCUGGGACAUGAAGCCGGCAGAGUGUGGGCAGCCUGCUUCUCAGCACGUCUUACCCUGAGGCCACCUCCAAGGCAGCUCACACCCGGGGAAAGUCACCAUGCUGUCGUGGGUGCCACGGGUCCUGCUGGCCUUGCUUCUGCCCACACUCCUGGCACACGGACAAGCCAGGCGCAGGGAGCACCCCCAGGCUCAGAACACCUCUAGGCCUGCUCUGCUGAGGCUGUCAGAUUACCUCCUGGCCAACUACCAGAAGGGCGUGCGGCCCGUGCGGGACUGGAGGAAGCCAACCACCGUGUCCAUCGAUGUCAUUGUCUAUGCCAUCCUCAGCGUGGAUGAGAAGAACCAGGUCCUGACCACCUACAUCUGGUACCGGCAGUACUGGACAGAUGAGUUUCUCCAGUGGAACCCUGAGGACUUUGACAACAUCACCAAGCUGUCCAUCCCCACCGAGAGCAUCUGGGUCCCAGACAUUCUCAUCAACGAGUUUGUGGACGUGGGGAAGUCUCCAAGUAUCCCGUACGUGUAUGUCGGGCACCAUGGCGAGGUCCAGAACUACAAGCCCCUCCAGGUGGUGACCGCCUGUAGCCUGGACAUUUACAACUUCCCCUUCGACGUGCAGAACUGCUCGCUGACGUUCACCAGCUGGCUGCACACCAUCCAGGACAUCAACAUCUCCCUGUGGCGCUUGCCAGAAAAGGUGAAGCUUGACAAGACUAUCUUCAUGAACCAGGGCGAGUGGGAGCUCCUGGGGGUGCUGACCCAGUUUCGUGAGUUCAGCAUGGAAAGCAGCGGCUGUUACGCAGAGAUGAAGUUCUUCGUGGUCAUCCGCCGGAGGCCCCUGUUCUACACAGUCAGCCUGCUGCUGCCCAGCAUCUUCCUCAUGUUCAUGGACAUCGUGGGCUUCUACCUGCCUCCGGACAGUGGCGAGAGGGUCUCCUUUAAGAUCACACUCCUCCUGGGCUAUUCUGUCUUCCUGAUCAUCGUGUCGGACACGCUGCCGGCCACAGCCAUUGGCACUCCCCUCAUUGGUGUCUACUUCGUCGUGUGCAUGGCGCUCCUGGUGGUGAGCUUGGCUGAGACCAUCCUCAUCGUGCGGCUGGUACACAAGCAAGACCUGCAGCAGCCCGUACCUGCCUGGCUGCGGCACCUGGUCCUGGAGCGGGUGGCCCUGCUCCUUUGCCUAGGGGAGCAAACAGCUUCCCGACGGCCCCCGGCCACCCCCCGAGCCGCCAAGACCGAUGACUGCUCAGAUGUGGGGAACCACUGCAGCCAUUUGAGAGGACCCCAGGACUUGGAGAAGACCCCAAGGGGCCGAGGCAGCCCCCCACCACCACCGCGGGAGGCCUCCCUGGCAGUGUGCGGGCUGCUGCAGGAGCUGUCCUCCAUCAGGCAUUUCCUGGAGAAGAGGGACGAGAGCCGAGAGGUGGCCCGGGAAUGGCUGCAUGUGGGCUCCGUGCUGGACGGGCUGCUCUUCCGCAUCUACCUGGUGGCGGUGCUGGCCUACAGCAUCACCCUGGUUACUCUGUGGUCCAUCUGGCAGUAUUCUUGAGUAGGCACAGCCCAGUGGGGGUGUUUUGAGGGAGGGGUAGUAAGGCACUGGUUAGAAUGGGGAUUGAGGAUUUCAGGGCCCAGCAGAUGCCAGGGAUGUUUUCAAGACCCUGUCCAAUGCCAGUAAUUCUGAAGCAGGGCCUUAACUCUUCCCCAAAAGCUUGAUGUUCAAGACUCUUGUACCCCACCCCCCCACCCAACUUAUCAUGGCUUUAAAACAUGCUGUCUUUGAUCUAGAAAAACCCAUGCAUUCCCUAACUUCAUUCUAUUUAUCUGUGUAUCAGUCCUUGAUUUCCCCAUUGUCACUUCCCUGAAUAAGGCACUUUGAAAUCCUGCUCCUCCCCCUUUAGCCUUGUUUUUAGAUACAAAGCAAACCAACUCUCUACUGCACAUGGCUGGUAACACUGCAUUAGGUUUAUUCAACCGUAAUGUUCUCCUUCUUCACCUCACCUGUAGCCACUUCCCUGAACACUCAUGUUCCAUUGGAUGAUGGUAGGGUAGGGGGCGGGUGGGGGU